AGUAACGGUAAUCCAACGUCAUUUCCUCUCAUUUAAAAACCCUCGAGCCAUCAGUAGACGUGUAGCCUGAGGUAAAUAAGUGCAAGAGAUGAUUGUUGCUCCCCCUCACCAACUAAAAUAAACUGAGGUCGACCUCCAUACCUCUGAACGAGACAAAGGGAGUUUUUGAAUUUCGUCCCUAACGCCGGGCGUUUGGAUGGUAUGGCUGAGUCGAACAGCGCGAGUUUUCCUCACACGACACCGAACGGGUCCAGUCGCCAUGAGAAGAGUUUGGGUCUCCUCACAGUCAAGUUCGUUACUUUGCUUCAAGAGGCCAAAGACGGAGUGCUCGAUCUCAAAGUGGCUGCAGACAGUUUGGCCGUCAAACAGAAGAGGAGAAUCUACGACAUCACCAAUGUUCUGGAAGGCAUUGGGCUCAUUGAAAAAAAGACCAAAAACACCAUUCAGUGGAAAGGGGAGAGUUCAGGCUGCCAGCCUCAGGAAGUUCUUGAGCAGGUUGAACUUCUCAAGGCAAAUAUUGCUGAUCUGGAUAUUCAAGAGAGAGAGCUGGACAUGCAGAAAUCAUGUCUGCAACAAAGCAUCAAACACCUGAAUGAAGACCCCUCCAGCUGCAGAUUCAGCUACGUGACACAUGAGGACAUAUGUGAUGCUUUCAGUGGGGAUACUCUUUUAGCUGUCAUGGCACCAUCAGGAACACAACUGGAGGUCCCAGUGCCUGAGAUGGGCCACAAUGGUCAGAAAAAGUACCAGGUGAACUUGCGAAGUCACUCAGCUCCCAUUCAGGUGAUGCUGAUAAACAGAGAGACAAGCUGCUCCAAGCCUGUUGUUGUCCCCGUCCCACCUGUAGAUGACAUUUCUGCCAUGCCAACUCCUCCUAGUACUCCAGCAGGGCUGCAGAGGUUCCCCAUCUCCUCAGCUGAGCUCUGUGAUCUAAAGCGAGGGCCGCUGAAAAGCCCCACUGCAGAGCACCAACUCACACCGUCCUCCACGUCCCCCGAUAUGCACAUGGUUUUCCCCCUGUUAAGACUUUCACCCAACCCUGGUGUGGAUUACAAUUUCAACCUUGAUGACAACGAGGGAGUCUGUGACCUUUUUGAUGUGCAGAUUCUUAAUUAUUAAAGCAUGAUUCAUGCCACACCGGUCCACACUUGCUUUCAUAGGACAAAAGCGGAGGUAAUGAGCCCCCACCACCACCACUGCCAACGGCUGCAUUCCUGCCUCAGCGUCCGCUCCUUGAACCUUGGCUUGCACUCAGUUUCACAUUCAUUUACAUUUCAUCCUUCGCUUGGGUUUGUAAGUCCUUAACAGUGUUGUCCUGUCUGCCUUCAACUGUGACUAAUGUUUCAAAGGAAAAGACAGGAAAGAUAAACCCCUCCCACCUGCACUUUAGACACUUGUGUCUAUUGUCAUUUUGUUUGAUACAGUUAUUAGUUUGCUUUCAGUUUUGUGGCUUCACUCAUUGUUCCUAAUGAGUGAUGGUGUAAUUCAUAGGCGUGAAUGGAGGGCAGUUUGAAUGUAAUCUGAGGAAUUAAAACCACCCAAACAUGACACACUAAAUUUUGGUUGUACACUUGUUGGAACAUGUGCCUUACGAUCAUCUCUUUGUUCAUUAUUUUUGUCCUUUCCGUGCCACCGUCUUAUUCUUCCUGAUACAUUAUAAACAGUUCUUACUUUAUCUUCUUAUCACAUAUUGAAAGCAGGAGCUCUACAAUUAGACAUGAAAAUGUAUAAUAUAAUUUAACAGUGCACACACACACACAGACAUUCAUUUGAAUGGCUUUAUUGUGUGUCUAAGCAUUUAAUCACAACACAAAUUAUUUGUAUGUUGGCUGUUUUGUAGUCCAUUGAUAGAAACACUGUGACGCUCAUCUGUGUGUAUUUAUAUUGAGUUAUUGUUUGUCUUUGUUACUGACUGCCAUGUUGGAAUAUCACUGCUGUUCACCUUGUUGUGAAAAGCUACUUUGUUUUUUAUUGUUUGUGUAGAGGCUAUCCUACCAAUUUAAAUCCUACUAAUUUAAAAAGUGGACAGAUAUAAUUUGAACUGUAGUGUUUUUGAAUUAGAGGACAAAAAGAUGUUAAACUGCCUUGGAUAAUCUUUGUUUAUACAUUCCAUAAGAUUGUGCCUUAUGCAGGUUUUUACUGUAUUACUGUAACUAACUUUAUUUUCUCUGUAUAGGUUUUCUAAUCAAAAGAGCAAUGUUUUUGU